UUUCACAUAAGUAUUAAUACGUUGCCUAUCAUUCUCGUUAGCUCUGCAAUGUCGUCCAAAUGAUAAGUGAAAGAGACAAUGUUAGUCAACAUAAAUGCAUAUAUUUGUAAGGAAACAAUAAUCAAUAAAGUUAAAAUUGACUCAGAAUGAAAGAGUACAUAUCUACACUAAAGAGAGUUAAUAGCAAUCCAGUGAAAAAAUCACAGUUGUAGAGUUCUUUUGUAGCUGCAUCAUAGUCAUCAUUAAGUCCACCAAACACUCUAUCCACAACAUUUGUAUCCGUUUGCUUCCGUUGUUAGUGGUGUUGAACCAGUCUUUGCAGUUUUCGUCAUCACCAGAUCCGUUCGCAGAAACUAGAUAUGAACUUUUCAAGCAGAGAUUGAGAUUGUAUUCCUUCGAAUGCAUUCAGCCAUAUUGAGAAAAUUCUGAGGAUAUAUACAUAUCAGGUAAAUUAAUCUUACCUCUGGUGAACAAUUCCUAAACUUAGCCACACUGAAUAUGUGAACAAAGCAAGGAACAACCACAGAGUUGGUGAAAUUCUAUAGAUUAGUCGUCCAUAUAUUCCACGAUAUAUUUCAGGAAUUGUGUAACUUCCAAACCACCUGUCACAUUUUCUCUUCCAUAAAAAGCAAAUAUUAUACACGUGACUCUUAUCCAUCCGUUGCAAUUAACUGAAAGAUAAAAUCUUCAAACUUUAUACUUCUUUGAUUAAGUUGCCCAGUAAUAUUCUCCUUGUAAGUGGAUCUAAUGCUUCUCACAUCUGUGAAAUUUAUAAGCAUGUUAACUUGGUCCCUUAAGCUAGAAAAUAUAAUGUCUAUCCGCUUUUAUUAUUGCUAUUUCAAAGCCCGCUUCGGUAACGUAAGGCACGUAUUAGCCGCAACGUUUACGCCAAGGAAAAUCUACCAAUCACAGCGUGCAUAAGUGACCUUGAAGUGCUCAGCCUCUCCAUAAGCCAUUUGUGCCGCUAUCCUAUCUCGACAGGCUGCCAUUUGGAGAUGACAAGUUACUUUAAUUUGCUACCCUCCGAAAUAUCUGGAUUGGUUAUCGGCUUUUUAAGAGACAGUGAAUGUAUCGGUGCAGCAGAAGCUUUUUUUCAAGAAUGUCCUCAUCUAUCGGAAUUUCGUGCUCAUUAUUCAUCAGUGAAUGAGAUACCAACAUUUUUCAGAGAGCUCACGCUAUUAGAUAUUCUGCGAGAUUAUGUAAAUAUUGUGAACGGGGUUGUUCCUCAUUUAAAAAAGAUCAACUUACCAUGUCACCUUGGUAAACUAGCUGAUUCUGUAACUAAAAUUUUACGUAAUUUUGUCCGACAAAAAGUAUCUUAUCAAUCUGGACAUCCUGAAUGGAUGCCAGUUGGAAGGGUUUAUGUCCAACCGCGUAUUGAAUCCACCAGUUCAACUUUAUCAGAUAUUCAACCUCAAACUACUGCUAGUCCUACUACAAAUUCGGCAACAACACCAUCACUGCUCGAUAAAAUAACUUCAUCAAACUGUAUUGGUCAUCAGGCACAAAGUGUGUCUGAAUCAUCACAGGACGAGCAGACAACAGUGAAGAAGACUCUAUCGAUCACUAAUCCCCCUUCAUCAUCAUUUUCAGUCUCUUCUAUUGCUUCUGUACAAAUACCUACAUCAUCUACUGGACAGGCUACUGUCAAUUAUACAGGUAUUUCACCAUCCAAAACUAACGAAAUCAUGCGUGAGAAUUAUUCAUCACAAAUAUGUUUACUCCAGUCAGGUGAUGAAGUUAACAAUCUUUCAAAGCUUUCUGACGAUAAUAACAAUGAUUCUAUAUUUUAUGUCUAUCCACAUCUGCCACGAUCACUAAGUGACGGUGACAAUAAAAAUGUCAACAAUAAAUGCGUUUCUACUAAACGAAAACGAAGUCAACCACCACGUCACUUGUCAUCAUCACCUUCAGCUGGGAGUACAACAAAGAGUGGCUUGGUUACUAAUUGUGAAGAAGAUGAAGAAUUAGAUAUGGAGCAUUUCCUGUCUGCACUAUUCACAAAUGCUGAACAAGUAGCAACUCGUAUCAACACAGAAGUCGUCGUGCCAAAUCGUAACAGUGAUGGUGAUGAUAGUGACACAACCAAGUCUGCUGUUACUGCUGCUUCAAAUAAUAAUGUAGCAUGGAAAUGUGUCAAGGAGGAUCCUUCCAUCUAUGAAGGCAACAAUGACAAGUCUAUAGAGACUCGUGAUACAAUUCUAAAAAGUGAAUACCACUCAUCUAAUAAUGAUUUAUGUACAACACAAUCAUCGGAUAAUUUACAGAUGUGGAAUGAAUGGUUUGGCGUAAAAGGUGAUUUAGACACGUGUAUAGAUCGUUUGUUGUCUGACUUUGAAUCGAAUGAACUUACCAAUACUAGUACCAGUACCAGUACCACUAACAUUCCUGCUACCAAAUCGGCAGCUGAUAUCACGACUAACAUUACUACGUUUACUUCUACUGCUGCUACUACUACUACUAAUACUAAUACUACUAAUACUGUUGUUGUCAACUUUGAAAAUUAUAACGAUGUAUAUAUUGUAGAUAUUGAUGAUCCUUUACAUGAAUCAGCCAUAAAAAUGUUGAAGGUAUCAAUGAGUGUAAUUUCAAAUCCCUGUGUCUCACAAUCCUUAUCGAUUCCAGUGACAUCAUCUUCCUCCUCUUCUUCUCCUUCUUCUGUGAUCUCUGUAUCUCCUGUUACCGUGAGCACAACAACGAUACCAGCACUACCAAUAACACUAACGACAAGAACGUCAUGUGAAUCUCAUGUCAAUUCACCAGUUACGUCAUCUUCUACACGAUUGCUUAAGAGAAACAAGAAUAUUCAUAAAAAUGAUCGAUUUAUUACGUUAGAAAAUAGUAAUAAUAAUGCAAGCAUGACUUCAAAAUUUAUCACAAAUAGUCAACAGAUCACUCAUCAACCAGUAACAAUAACGUCCUCAGGACUUUGUUCAGAUCAGCUGUCUGAGCCAUUAAAACAAUUACGGAAUAAACGACGGUGUUUAAAUAAAACUUCUAAUGAUCACAAUAAUAAUAAUAAUAAUAAUCGCAGUGGUAGUAGUAAUAGUUUCACCACUUUAUCGUCUGUGCUGAAUACACUGGAUUCAAACAAAGCUUACAAUAGAAAUGAGUAUGAAAUUUAUAAUAGCAAUAAUAACACGACUACUAAUAAUAAUGAGGGGUUAUUUUCUUAUAAUCCAUCACCAAGUUGUUUACUAUUCAACAAGAAUACAGUGGCUACUACUUCAACUGUACCUACGGAUAUGCCAUCACUUCAACAGUAUCGAUAUCGUCAUCUAUUAAACGAUUUACCGGCAUGUUAUUAUUUUUUUCCAAUGAAUGCUCAAGCACCAAUUACUCGUCAUUCUACAAGUACUAGUAUGGCUACUGUCCCUUUGACUAAUAAUCAUUAUCCAGUUAUUGAUUUAACUCGAUUGUCAGAUAGUAAUAACAGUAGCAAUAAUACCACUACUAUUACUAACAUACCAACAAGUACUACUAUUACUACUCCUGCUACUGUUGCCACGAUUGCGACAGAAAAUACUACUUCGACAGGGGUUGCUAGCACUUUUACUACGAUCAGUACCCGACUAAUUCCUGCCAUCCCAUCAUCUAUUGUUGCUGGUGAUGAUGUUCGCUAUGUGAACACUUCUCAAAACAAUUGUAAACAAUAUUCAAAAACCUCAGAGAUAUCCACGGAUGCUAAAGAGAAUCAACCACCACAAGGUACUUCUGGGGAACGGAAAAAGAUAUUAAAUUUACAAUCAUUGGACGUUGAUGCAAUUCUGUCACAAUUUUGGAAGUGAUAUGUGAUUGGUUUUCUGAUGCAAACAAUUUGGCAACAUUGUUCCCAGUGAUGAUCAUGUCUCAAUCAAUGUCCGUUUGAUAUGAACAGUUGUUAACGUUAUGGUUGUUGUUCCCUUUGUAUUGCUAGCCUUGUUUAUACAUCGAUCUAUGAAAAAAUAACACUAUAGAAGCAGCCAGGUCGUUAGAUGGAUACACAUAUGAAGUGACCAUGGCAGAAUGACAGCCAUGAUGACGAAAUGGUGAUAAUUUUUUUCCUAUCAUAUUUUAUUUCAUUUGACAAAAUUGACGCCUGAAACGUUGUUCCAAUGUUUUGGAAACGAGACGGAAGAUCAUGUUCCUUUCAAUACACAUUUCAAUUGACUAUGUUUUUUCUUCAUACCAUUCACCAAGUCAAAGUUUCGUGAACAAUGUCAGUGCAAGUGAGCUCUGACUAAUCGGUGGGAGUCCUAGAUCCUGGGUGUGUGGCAGGUGAUCGAGACAUUUAUCAUAUCAACGAGCAGUCGCCAUCUGCCAUUAGAUGUGAUAUCCGUGCAAGGCGUGAACUCUUAGACUCUUUCACUACGGACGUCACAUCAUA